CUUCAUUCGGAGUUUAUUAUCUUCCUGGUGAACAGCUGACUCUGCUCCACUCACAAACUCGUUUGGUUUCGAAACAUUCGAAAGGUUUUCAAUUUUAGACUUCAUUCGCCGGUAGUUUGACAGAAAAUGACGAAGAUCGAGUGGUCUUUGAGUAAAGCGCCAAGUGCUUUGAGGUUAAAAGUCAAGCGCAGAUGGCUUCGCUUUCGAAUCACAUUUAAGUCCCUUUUCUACAAUCAUUUCCUGAACUGGAAUUAUGUAUGCGAUGUAUUAAUGGAGCCAAUAUUUUGGUUCGUAGAAAACUUCACCGCCUGCCUAGGUCCUGUGUUCGUCGUAGCAGUGACAUUACUCACUGCAUGCAUCGUGUUCAUUGCGUAUUGGAUAGGGCUUCCAUAUUGGUGGAAUAAAAGCCCGACUAUGACUGUGAUAUUACUAAUCGUUGGAAACUGGCUACUGAUGAACGUUUGUUUUCAUUAUUAUAUGGGUGUAAAAGUCCCCGCAGGGUAUCCACCCCAAGGAGGUCUUAUUCCAGAGGCUGUGAGUAUUUGUAAGAAGUGUAUCAAACCAAAACCACCGAGGACGCAUCAUUGCUCCGUUUGUGAUAAGUGUGUGCUUAAAAUGGAUCAUCAUUGUCCAUGGUUAAACAACUGCGUAGGUCAUAAUAAUCAUAGAUAUUUCUUCCAAUAUAUGGUAUUCACUGUCGUUGGGAUUUUAUUCAUAUUGAUAUUCGGUAUAGAAAUAGCAUAUCAGGAAUACUUUGUGGGACCGGAUCCGGAACCGGAUGGACAUCCUGUACGCAUCAACGAUUCAAUCAUAAUACCAGUGACAGAGUCUUUGGCUCACUUGAGUCAAGCAGAAUUGGACGAAAUAACCAAACAAAUGGCAGAUAGUCGAGAGAAAGAAUGGAGACGCAGAGCCAUAGUGUUCGCAGCGUUGAUAUGUGUGGCGACCCUCGCUGCACUUGGAGCAUUAUCCUUCUGGCACGCUGGACUAAUAUCGAGAGGAGAAACAAGCAUAGAGGCUCGCAUUAACAGCUCCGAGACCGAUAAGUACAAAGUUCUUGGAAAAACAUAUAAAAAUCCCUACGACUUUGGUACUAAAGAGAACUGGAGGUUAUUCCUAGGCCUGGAUCACAAAACCUGGUGGCAGAUUUUAUUUCCAUCGCCCCAUGGCCCCAAGGGCGAUGGUUUGACGUGGAUUACUGUUAGAGACUACAAAACCUCCUGACUAAUCGGAUUUCGCAUUGACUAAAUGCAAAAUUCACUUACAAGCAUGCAUUUACUGGUCAAAUGUACAAAGAAAGUUUUAGUCUAGUCAGGCUGCAAAUUUUUGCACCCCAACUAGAUCAUCCUGUGAACGUCGUUUGUAUUUAAAUUUUAUUCGCUGAUGCUGAAUUCUGAAUAUUUGCCAUGCAAAUAUGUAAAAUACUGAUACGAUAAACUCUAUCGAUGUGCACAUAUUUUUUACUCGGUCUUGCCUUACGGAACUUGAAUGUGCUUAGAAUCAUUACUGUUGCAAAUUACAAAAGACGCAUUUGUCUAUCAUCUCUUAAAUGACAGACAUUUAUUAGAAUUCAGAUUCUACGAAAUUGUCAAGUCUCGAGAUCUACAUCGCAUCCCGGUGAAGAAACUACACGAGUACCCUGACUGUUUAAACCAGUCUGUAAUUUUAACCUCAUCGCUUGUCCGCAGUUUAGUCCUAAGAUUUGUGUGGAAUAAACAUUUUUUUACAUUUUCAAUCGAAA